AAAAGAGAUUUCCUGCUAGAAAGAGUGAGAUGAGUACAAUGGAAGCAAGAGAUGUGACUGAUGCUCUCCCUUCAAUAAGGACACGAGCUUCUACUUUUCCCUCUGUUGCACCAGAAUCAGACUAUAACUCAGACAGAUACAGAAUGAACUACAAAAAUAUGGGUAUGGCUGUGAUAAUCAACAACAAAAAUUUCCAUCCAAGAACUGGAAUGAACACUAGAACUGGAACAGAUGUGGAUGCAGCUAAUAUGAAAGAUCUGCUGAAAACUAUAGGCUUUGAAAAUGUUGUCACUUUGAAUGACCUGACUGCAUUCCAAAUGAUAGAUCACAUGAGAAAAGUUGCUUUGCUGGAUCAUUCAGAGAAUAGUUGUUUUGUGUGUGUUAUUCUAACACAUGGAGAAGAAGGGUAUGUGUUUGGGACAGACGACAAGGUACAAGUGGAACAGAUGGUUGCACCAUUUAAAGGUCACAAAUGUUUAUCUCUGGCUGGAAAACCUAAAAUAUUUUUAAUACAGGCAUGUCGAGGUACAGAACUAGACCCAGGUGUAGAGGUACCAGAUGGCAUGGAAAUAGAGAUGGAAGAAGAGGUCAGAAGAAUUCCAACAGAAGCAGAUUUUUUAAUGGCUUAUUCUGUGGUGCCAGGGUAUUUUGCCUGGAGAAAUUCAACCAGAGGUUCAUGGUUCAUACAAGCUGUCUAUGACGUCAUUAAAACCAAUUGGAAAACCAUGGAUCUCCUAACCAUGAUGACCAGAGUCAAUAAAAAAGUAGCCUAUGAUUUCCAGUCCAACGCCAAUAAAGAACACAUGAAUAAUAAGAAACAGAUUCCAUGUAUAACAUCCAUGCUAACAAAAGAUGUCUUCUUCUACCAGUAAUAUGAUGGAGUAUUCUCAAGAAGUGAAUGAAAAAACAAAUACAAGAAAAAAAAUAUGUGACUAAAUCAUGAGGAUAUUAAAUUAAAAAAAUUAAACAUAACUAAAUCCCACAUUACUAAACAUAACAUAAUCCUUAGCACUUAAAACAACACAAUCCUAUUUAAGAAAACUAGACACUUAUAGAACACAUUAAUUAGAAAGAAAAAGAAUAUUCAUUGUUACAAUUUGUUGCAAUAAUGUUGGCAGCCGUCCAUAGGGCUUCAAAGUAAAUGUGUAUCAUAUUAUAUGACCUCCAUGACUCAAUCACUCAGGAAACUGCUUUGACCAUUGUAAGUUAUAAGUAAGAUCAGGUUAUAGUUGCUUGCACUUGGAAUGGUAUUUUACUCUGAGAAUUGUAUUUUGUUGUUGUUUCUCUCCUGACUAAAUACAUUGGAUGUUGUAACUUCCAGCACUAGGUUUUUGUACAGUAAACAAAAAAUAUUUUAUUUAUGCUGAAAGCACUCUUACCUAAGUAUUAUAAUUGUAAACAUUACAAUGCUAUAUAACAUUGUUACUAACUUAGCAGUUUUUUUUAAUAUUGCUUUAAAAAUGAUACAUUUGUAUUUUGUACUAGUGGAAAGAGCUCUGACAAAUUUUUACAAUCAUUUGACUGAAGGACAACAAGAGGAUUGGGUAGAUUAUGGAAACAAUUUGUGUAAAGCUUAUGUGUCAGUUCAUAUUUAUGAAUUUUCUUGUUAGAAACCCAUCUGUAUACCUGGGCUAUUUUGUUAUUGAAACUAUACAUGCUACUUACUUCAUGGGUCUAGUAUUCAAAUGAUAGUGAUAAGUUUAUGAGGGACAAACAAUUAUGCAAUGAUGUUUUGAUGUUCAGUGCAGUAAGUACACAAUCUAUAUAUUAUACUGUUAAGUAAUAUUGAGUUUGAAGUAUUUCAUUGAAAUUAUUUUUAAAAUGUCUUUCAUGCAUGAAACAAAAAUGGUCAUAAUAGCUAUUUUUAUACAAAAUGCAUCAUGAUUAAUAAAAAAAAGUGUACAUUUUCAUGAUCCAGCCUAUACAAAUGUGUACAUACAUAUCAAUUCCUGUUCAACUCUAUGUGUGUAUCAAAUUCAGUACCUGUAGUAGUUUUCAACUACAGCUUGUAUAGUUACAAUUUUGUUCUAUUUGUGUACCUCAAUGUAAGCAGUUGUCUUGAAUAUUGCAUUUGUGCUAUUAUCAUUACAUCCGUCACUUUGUCCAUUAAUCCUGCAAAUCAUAUUUUAUAAUCAGCACCCAAGUUUAUCCAAUGCAGGGCUAGGCAUUGAGCCAAGGGCAAGGUGGACUCGUUUUCUUAUGUACAUGAAUAAUGUUGAUUGAUUUUAAUUUAAUAAACUUAAGUAUCUUUUCAAACCACAGCCACCUUUCCAAUGGUAAGAACUUCUGCCCUAAUUGUACUAAAAUUGAUAUUAUAUGAAAUAUUCUUUUGCUCAUAGUGACUAAGUAAGACAUUUUUUUUAUCUGCAGCAGAUGUAUAAAUCAUCUUCCUCCUUGUUACAAAAUGAAAUUAAUGUAUUUUUUUGCUGUUUAGUUUAUUAACAGGCACCUAUUAUUAAGAAUUUUGUGUUGUAACUAUUUUGCUAUCAUUCUUUUGCUAUGACAAUGCAAGAGAUUUUUUUUUUAAAAUCAUUAGCAGAUGUUAUAAAUCAUCUUCCUCCUUGGAACAAAAUCAAACCAAUAUAUAUUUAUAUUUGAUCACUUUAUUAAAGUCCUGAUAUAUCUUUG